AUGGAGAAAUUGGAAGAACCUGUUUCGGCAUCCGGUCAUGAUGCAACAGUGGACACUGUGGGACUCAUGAAAUCGUCUGCGCAUAAGCGUCUUUGUAUUUCUGGUGCUCGUGAUCGUGCUUUAGUCCUGUGGGACACGGAUGCAGUAGCUAGAAAAAUGGAUAAAGAAAUUUGGAGGUUAUGUCAUGUUCCUGAGGCUCAUCAGGGUUGGAUCUGGAAUUUAUGCAAAGGAGAUAAUGACAUAUUUUAUUCAUGUGCAUGGGAUCGAUAUGUGAAACAGUGGCAAAUUGGUAAUGGAUGUAUUAACCGAAUUUGUGAUGUUCAAAUGGCCUCAGCAGCGCUUUGUGUUGUAAAUGAUGGUGCAGUAACGAUUUGUUCUACAUUUGGACGCCGCGUGAUUGCUUUGGAUGCUCGUAAUUCUUUGCAAAAAAUUGCUGAUAUGUUAUAUCAUCGAAGCGCUGUAUUCCAUCUUGUUCAAGAUAGUGGAAGCAACUACUUAUAUUCAUGUGGUGAAGAUCGACGAAUAGUAUGUGUAGAUAAAAGGAUGUGGAAAGUUAUAAACGAAUUACAGUUGAAAGCUUAUGCUCAAACAAUUUCUUUACGACAAGGGCAGUUGCUUUGUGGAAAUGUAAAAGGGCAACUACUAUCGGUAGACCCCACCAGUUUAAAAAUUUUAAACGAAGUUUCCAUUGAAAAUAAUGGUCCUAUACGACAAGUACGUCUUAAUGCUGGUACUCAAAUGUGCAUUUCAAAAUACCGUGUGUUCAAAGUAUUUACACCUGGCCUACGUCCCAAACUUCUCGCCGAAUCACCGAAGUUCGAUAUUGACUUGACGAGGUUUGAUUAUUAUGAUGGCACUUUGGCAGUAGCUUGCAGUAAUGGAUGUGUCAUGUUCUGGAGUUAA